CGAGUUCUAUUCUCAAAGAAAAUGAAUUGGUCUAUUCGUCUUGCGCUUUUAGGUUUUGUGGUGCUCAGCACCCAAACCGUUUUUUCUGCGGCACAGGGUGCGACUCCAUGGGAGAACUCUCAACUCGCAGAGGAAUUCAUCAACAGCUUUCUAAGAUUCAUAGCACAAAGCGGCGCCUUUUCCCCAAACCAACUGGAUGACAUGUCUUCCAUUGGAGACACCUUGAAGACUGCAAUUGAAAAAAUGGCCCAAAGCCGGAAAAGCUCCAAAUCGAAGCUUCAGGCAUUAAACAUGGCGUUUGCUUCUUCAAUGGCUGAGAUUGCUGUAGCAGAGCAAGGAGGUCUAAGUUUAGAAGCAAAAACGAAUGCCAUCGCAAAUGCCCUCACUUCGGCCUUUUUGGAAACAACUGGCGUAGUAAACCAACAGUUUGUCAGCGAAAUCAAAGGCCUAAUUUAUAUGAUCGCUCAGGCAUCAUCAAAUGAAAUUUCAGGUUCAGCCGCAGCUGCCGGAGGAGGUUCUGGAGGAGGAGGAGGCUCUGGCCAAGGAGGUUAUGGACAAGGAGCAUCUGCAUCUGCUAGUGCCGCCGCUGCCUACGGCUCGGCUCCACAAGGUGCAAGAGGACCAGCACCACAAGGACCAUCCCAACAAGGGCCUGUAAGUCAACCAUCAUAUGGAUCUAGUGCAACUGUGACAAUAACCACAGUUGGAGGAAGGCAACAAGGUCCAACAGGACCCAGUCAACAAGGACCAGGACAACAAGGACCUGGAGGUCAAGGACCCUAUGGGCCAAGUGCAGCCGCUGCAUCAGCUGCUGUAAGCGGAUAUGGACCAGGAGCUGGACAACAAGGGCAGCAAGGUCCAGGAGGCCAAGGACCAUACGGAUCUGGACAGCAAGGACCAGGAGGUGCCGGCCAACAAGGUCCUGGCAGUCAAGGACCAUACGGACCAGGUGCAUCUGCCGCAGCAGCAGCCGCUGGAGGCUAUGGACCUGGAGCUGGACAACAAGGACCUGGAAGUCAAGGACCAGGAAGUGGUGGACAACAAGGACCUGGUGGUCAAGGACCUUAUGGACCAAGUGCAGCCGCCGCAGCAGCAGCCGCUGGAGGCUAUGGACCUGGAGCUGGACAACAAGGACCUGGAAGUCAAGGACCAGGAAGUGGUGGACAACAAGGACCUGGUGGUCAAGGACCUUACGGACCAAGUGCAGCCGCCGCAGCAGCAGCCGCUGGAGGCUAUGGACCAGGAGCAGGACAACAAGGACCAGGAAGUGGCGGACAACAAGGUGAUUUAUAUUUCCGUUUAUACUGA